AUGUUGGUAGUGGGAGACCACGACUUCAAAAUCCCCAGCCGUCACACACAAGGGCGGAUAUGUCACUGGAGCCAGUCCACUGAUUAUCAUCAGGAUAGGACCUCGGCUAAUCGACUUGGGGCGCCGACGCCGCUCAAGCGGUACAAAGGCGUAGGAAGAAGAAGAAGAAGAAGAAGAAGAAGAAGAAGAAGAUAUUUUGAUAAGCUAGAAGAUCGCUAUUUUUUUUCUCGAAAAGCAAAAAAUAUAGCGAGGCUUUGCAAAAUCGAAGCUUCACUCAAGGCUUCUCGAUCAUGCAAAAUUUAAUCGCGGCUAGAUAAAUCAAGCAAAUCUCUAGGAAAACUCGCGAUGGGACUUUCUAAUAAGAAAAAAUGGAAAGAACUUGCGGGUGAGAAAACUGGCAAAUAAGAUUCUUCUUCGCGUGCCUAAUAAUAUCUUUGAAUGAGUAAGAAAGGAGAGAGAAAAAAACAGAUUAAAGGCGGGACUUACGAGAGUGGGCGGAGUGUCAAGAUCAAAUAUCUCCAUGGUAAUCAGAUUUUCCAUUUUCUCAUGCUAAGAAAAAUGCAGAAGUCGAAGAUUAAAUCUGAGAAAGAUGUAAUUACUUUUUUUUUUCGAAAAAAAAAAUUGUUUUAAUAUGUAUUGUUGCUGGAAAGCCGAUUCAAAAAAAAGAAAAGAAGCAACGUUCAUGUCCAUAAAAAGAACAGCUUCGAGAUCUUCCCUCCGAGAAAGCACGUCACAUAGUCUGUUCAACUACCCACUGUUUCAAAGAGCUCUGAAAGUUUUCGGAAAGGUCUCAAGCCAUCUCAAGUGCUAUUUUGAGUCACGCAAAACUUUCGCGCUUUCGGAUUACCGUUUUUUUGAACAUAAAAAGUAGUGUUAGUAUAUCUCAUAAAAACGGAAAGUUCUGAUCGAACUUCCUUCAGCAAGAUUUGAAAAAAAAAACAUACUUUUGCGUGACAAACGUCGCUUGAAAAGUCUGAGAAGAAAAAAAAAGCGACCGGAAGUUAUGAAUAAAUUCAUUCUAAGACGGGGUCUAUCGCCUAAAUAGUCUAAUCAUACCGCCUUAUGAGAACCCACGCUUCUCAGUAAAUGUGUUUAAAGCUGUGAAUAGGAAUUCUUCCGUUUGCAGCCAUUUUUCUGCAUGAAAGGUUUCAGUUCCACAAAAACUAACCUUUCAUGUUGAAAAGGGAACAUUGUUAUUUCAACCGUCCAACUGUUUUUGCGGAGAAGAAAAGGUGCUGAAGCACGGGAAAACAAGGAAAGAGAAAAAAUAAGCAGAAAUCAUUGAUUCCGUCUCGUUUAAAGAAUAAAAGAUAAACGAGUCAGCAAAAGCAAGCCUGAAAGUCACUCGGGAAAAGAAAAAUAAAAUUUUAAAAAGCUUAAAAACAAAGUAGAAGAAAAUUCAAAAAAAGAUAAUCGGAUCUCAGCAGUAAAAAAAACAUUUCAAUUUCAAAAAAAAAUUUUUUUCCUUUCUUCAUAGGUGGGGUUAGUUAUCCACCUAAUGGUCUUUUUCCCUCCCUACCUGUAAGGUUUAUAUAUGAGUGAAUAAGGUUCAGAAAACUUUAAAAAGAGAACAAUUCAAGUAUUGUGUUUCGAAAACACCCAGUGGAGAUUUUUCCGUAUGGGAAAAAAAAUUUAUUUGAAAUUUUGCAGCAAGAUAAUGAAUAUUGUUUUUUUAUUGCAAAGAAAUUGGAUAUAUUUUUUUUUGAGCUGCGUAGGGACGUGGUUAUUCCGAAUAAUCCAUAUUCAGUUGUAGUUAUACAAUCGUAGUAACUUUGCUCAAAAAAAUUAUUUUUUUAGAAAGAGACGCAAAUUUCGCAAAAAAAGAAAAGCGCGUAUAAAAAAACACCUGUCAAAGUCAUGUUCAUUUGAGUUAGAAAAAAAUUUUCUUUAAAAAUAAAUGUAGCAAAACCGAGUCAGCUGUUCCAGAGUUAAAAUAAUUGACAAGGAAAACAAGAAAAACAGCUUGAUCAGAGAGGAAGAGAUCAUGGCGUGCGUGUGGGCCACAAAAUGCGGCACAGAAGCCAUGGGAAAGCCCCAGAGUCUUCUCUCUUUCUUGCCGUUGAUGAGUGGCAGCUGA